AUGAUCGGGAUAACGACGGUUGAUGUGAAGCCAUUCGAGGGACAAAAACCGGGAACGAGCGGGCUGAGGAAACGAGUAAAAGAAUGGCAACAGGAGCACUACACGGAGAAUUUCGUGCAAGCUGUUCUCGAUGGUGGACUUGGAGAUAAAAAGGUCGGCUCGACGGUCGUUGUUGGCGGUGAUGGACGAUUUUUGUGUGUGGAAGCGGUCAACGCGAUUAUUAAGAUUUCUGCGGCAAAUGGAAUUGGCCAUCUCAUUGUUGGACAAAACGGUUUCUUCUCCACCCCAGCUGUCUCCGGAAUCAUUCGUGCGGGAUUUCAAGGAAAACCCAUCGAUGGUGGAAUCAUUUUGACGGCAUCUCACAAUCCCGGUGGACCAAAGGGUGAUUUCGGAAUCAAAUUCAAUUGCGAGAAUGGUGGACCUGCACCAGAUUCGGUGACCGAUCGUAUCUACAAAAUAGCCUCUUAUUUAACAUCCUACCGAAUCUGUAACGAUUUGCAGUGUAACGUCGCGCAAACUGGACAAUAUACGUUUGAUGUUGAUGGCUUCGGGAAAUUUGUUGUCGAUGUAGUCGAUCCCUGCUCGGCUUAUGUGGACUUGAUGCGCUCGAUUUUCGACUUUGAUAAGAUCAAAGCCUUACUACAUGGUGAAAUCCUUGGGCGACCAUUCCGUGUACUUCUCGAUUCAAUGCAUGGCGCAACUGGACCCUAUGUGAGCUCGAUUCUUGCCGACAUCUUGAAGUGUGAUCCGGUCGAUUUAUUGAGAACAUUGCCAAAAGUCGACUUUGGUGGGUGUCAUCCCGAUCCCAAUCUCACCUACGCGAAAAGUCUCGUUGAUCAACUUGGCCAAGGACAACACGAUAUUGGAGCAGCUUUUGAUGGAGAUGGAGAUCGAAAUAUGAUCCUCGGAAAAAACGCCUUCUUCGUCACUCCAUCUGAUUCACUUGCCGUUAUCGCCGACAACAUUCAAUGCAUUCCGUACUUCAGAUCGAAAAAAGUUACAGGUUUUGCCCGAUCGAUGCCCACGGCUGCAGCUGUUGAUCUUGUUGCGAAAGCGAAAGGAGUCGAUAUUUUCGAGACACCGACUGGGUGGAAAUACUUUGGAAACCUGAUGGAUGCUGGAAGAAUGGUGCUUUGUGGAGAAGAAAGCUUUGGAACGGGUUCAGAUCAUAUUCGUGAAAAAGAUGGUGUUUGGGCUUUUCUCGCAUGGCUCCAAAUCGUUGCCGAGCGCAAAAUGGGCGUUGAAGAGCUCGUGAAAGCGCAUUGGGCAAAGUAUGGACGCAACGUUUUUACAAGAUACGACUACGAAAACGUGGAGGCCGGCGGUGCAAAUUUGUUGAUGACGUUUUUGGAGGCACAAAUGCUUGGAUUCAAGGGCAAAGAAAUGUCGGCAAACGGCGUUACUUACAAGGUAGAUACUGCUGACAAUUUCGAGUACAGAGACCCCGUCGAUGGAAGUCUGACCUCGAAACAGGGACUACGAAUCGUUUUCACCGAUGGAUCGCGCUUUGUUCUUCGACUCUCGGGUACUGGAUCGGCUGGAGCAACAAUUCGUCUGUAUGUGGAUUCUUAUGUGGCUCCAUCAGAUCAGUCGAAGCUUUUACUCCCGGCACAGGAACUCCUCCGUCCACUCGUUUUGAUAGCGCUCGAGGUGUCGAAAAUGGAGCAAUUCACUGGCAGACGAGAGCCAACUGUUAUCACA